UCCGUCAUGUGAGAGGAAAAAUAUCAACAUCACUGCGCGCUGCACCGUGAAACGGACAAAUUACCACUGAAAUGUCGUUUUUCUUUGUGUAAAAAUGACGGAAAUGUUCUAGCACUGACUUCUCAGAGUAAAACUUUAUGCUAGAUGUUUAUUUUUCCAGCUGCCACAGCACAGGAUGGCUGUCUCCCAAAAUGGUCAGUCCUCUCUGGUACAGAGUUUGGCUACACUCCUCCGAAAUGAUGGUGACUUGGUGCUGGACGGCAGCAGCACUCUGACAUUACCAGCGACCACAUUACAGCAGCUCACCAGGCUGUUCGAACAGUACCUACUGUCCAGGAGUCAGCAGCACGGCUUCCUCGCACUGCCCUCCCACCCUGCAGACACCGCCUCGCUGCUACAGCUGCAGUUUCUGUUCGACGUCCUGCAGAAGACAAUCUCACUCAAGCUCAUCAACCCUCCAGGGGAAAGACUUCAAUCUGUGGUGAAAAUUUUCCCCUUCAAGUCCUUAAAAUGUUUGGAGCUGAAAAGAGUCCCUCCUCACUGCUUGGAGGGACUGAGAGGAGUUUACUCCCAGUUGGAGGUCUUCACGUGUUCAAAGAGCCUCAGCUCUUUAGAGGAGCUGCUGUCUUUGUGUGGAGGCGACCUGAGCUCUGCACUGCCUUGGCUGGAACUGCACACCCUUAACUUUAGCUACAACUCUAUCGUCUGCCUUGACCAGUCACUAAGUUUACUGAAUGUCCUGAAGUCUUUAGAUUUAAGCCAUAACAAGAUUCAGGAGUGUGCUGAAUUUCUAAAGCCCUUGAGCGAACUGGAGCACUUAAACCUGGGCUACAACUGCCUGCAGAGGGCGCCAACGCUCGGCUUGAGCACCAGGGCCAAACUGCUGACACUCAACCUCAGGAAUAAUGAGCUGGAGACUAUAAACGGUGUGGAGCAGUUAUCUUCACUCCAGCACUUAGACCUGGCCUACAACCUGCUGCUGGAGCACUCCCAGCUGGCUCCCCUCUCCUUGCUGCACAGCCUCGCCACACUGAACUUGGAGGGCAACCCGCUUCACUUCCAGAAAUCGCACCGCAGCUGCACCGUCCGGCACCUCUCCCCAAAGGCUGCAAACCUGAAAUUCAAACUUGAUGGUAUUCCACUGUCUUCAUCUGAAAUAUCUGUUCUGCCAAAACAAGGCCAAAUGAUCGUCCAGGUGCAGCCAUCACCAACAGUCAUAAGACAACCUGAGCGGAUCAACCAGGACGCAUCGAGUGGUGCUGGAGAGCUCAGUGACAGCAUGUCGGUGGGAGAAGUGGGAGUGUCCCGCAUGCGGAAGAAGAAAUCAAGAAGUAAAGUGAAAGUGCGGAGAGCGAGCAUAUCUGAGCCUAGUGACACCGAUUAUGAGUCCAAGCCACGAUCGUCCACACAGGACAUCGUCCUCCCCCACCAGCAGGACAUCGAGCGCAUGUCCAGCUUCAGAGACCAGAUGGGUGAGGAUUGGUUGAGGUACCAGCACCAUCUCGAUGGCGCUCCCCCCUCCAAUGACACCAACCAGCCCCUCCAAAACGGCCUCAGUGCCAGCAACGGGCACCAGCCGUCUCCAUUGUCCAUGGAAGUCCCAGAGGUCCUCCCCCCUCCGCUGCUCUCUUCAGAGCCCAAGCUGGAAACGUCAGACCCGGACGCAGACCUGGAGACAGAGUCCACGCUGCAGUGGGUGGGGCAUAGCUCGCGGCCCACAGAGUCCACGCUGGAGGACAGCACAGUGGACGGCCAGGUGAACCAGGAAGCAGCACAUGAGCCGAGUGUAGAGUCUCAAAGGUCAGUGAGGAGGGAGAGUAGAGACACCAAAGAAGAAGAAGAGGAGGAAGAUCUAGGAGUGGACCUGUGUCACCCUCUGCUUGUGGGCGUCUUAUCUGACAAAGAGGAAGACGACGUGGCAGACAACGGAGAGAAGAAGAGGAGGAGGAGGGAGGUGUUCCUGUGUGUCAAACAAGGCCUGAUGUUGGAGGUGGACAUGCAGCGAGGACAGGAGAGGUGUCGGCUGGAGCUGGGCAGCUUGGCAAGGGUGGAGACGACGGAGGCCGCGUGGACAAGAGGGGAAAAAGAAGAGAUGCUUCCAGCUGUAGAGCUUCAGUUCGACUACAUCAGCAGUGAGAAGAGGAGGAGAUGCUACGUCUUGCUGGAUGACGACCCACAGCAGGCCCUGCAGGCUCUGACCGAUGUGCUUUCUCACGUGGCGGAAGAAAACCAGCGGCGCGACUCUGAGCUACGCCCCAGCCGCAUCCAUCUGCAGUGCCUCCGCUGCAGGUCAGAGUUCAUGGCAGGGAGUGGCGAGGAGGAGGCGGGAGGGAGGGGCAAGGAUGAUGGCGAUGAAGGAAGCAGUAAUGUUUGUCCAGACUGUGGUAGCGAUCACAUAGUCCAGCUUGCCGCACAGUCCUCUCCCUACACAAGCACACCGAUCCGUCACACGUCAAGGCCGGACAGCGAAGACGAUCACCUUGAAAAAACCCAGAGCACACGCAGCAUCAAUAAGGAUGCUGACACGGACGCCAGCAUCAGCAGCAGUCCUUUACUUGAAUCUACGGCGAACACAGAGGAUCAAACUUUCGUCACCGCCCACGGAAGCACCUUCUACAUCGGGGACGAGCAGGGCGACGCCGCCAGCUCCAGCGUCUUCUACAACACUGAGUGCCAAAGUAAAGAGGAGCUGGCAGGGAGCUACCGCUACAACGCUGUUAGUGUUACACCACCUGAAGUCCAAGCACAACCUGCAGGGAGGUCGGAACUGAACGAUGGUUUGGACCUCCUCACUGAGGACUACAAGGCCGUGGAUCACCGGCUGCAGCUCUUCCUGGAUGUGGAGGUCUUUGAAGGAGAAGAGCACCUUCAUUCUUUUCUAAAGAUGUCAGCUGUCAAAUUUGGUGAACCAGGCGAGGUUCCCUCUCUGCUGGUGGUGUCAAACAAGAGGAUCUACUUCUUGGAAAUGAUGUCAGAAACACACAGAGGCCAGCUCUCUGAUUGGCUCCAGAAGCGAGACAGCCAUCCAAUCCUGGAGCUCAGUUUCCUGGAAGUGGGGUUGGGUUCACAGACGGUCCACAUGGAGUUCGAUGGGGGCGUGGCUUAUACUCUGCUGGUCAGAGACAGCCAGCGAUGCAAGCGUUUCUUUGGCUUGUUGACAGGAAUUGUUCGUGAAAUGGCCCAUGAUUCAGACAGCAAGCUCCAGUCCAUCUCCACCACCAGACUCAACCCUCAGCACCACCUCUGGCCGCUGGUGUGUGAAGACAUCCAGGCGGAUGUGGAGGACGGCCAGCUGCAGUUUUUCUACAUGCUGGCCUUCGUCCUGCAAGAGGAUAUUUGGACACCACUGACAGUCCUUGCAACCCGGGAAACCCUCUACCUCCUUAGAGAAGACCACCAGUGGGCUAAAAGCUCAAACGGCUCCACAGGAGACGCAAACAAGGAAGCAAGCAGCGGAGGCGUUACAGUUUUAGAGACACAGCCAAUCAGCUGUGUUAGCUCUGUCCACCUGUGGCCGACUGACGAGUGCAGGGUGGAUUUUCAGCUUUAUGAUGAGACGGUGAAACAGGAGAAGACAUGGUGUGUGCACUCAGAGAGCUCAGAGCUCCUCCAGGGUCUGCUGUCCUGGGUCAGGGCUCAGUGGGAGGCCAUGUUCGGAGUAAAACUGAACUGCAAAACAAAACAGCAUGACAGCUGAGUGCGCUUUAGAUGUUACAGACCCUCAUAUAGGGUCACCAAACACCUUUCCUCCCCAUUUUACAGUCCUAUGAUGUCUCUGCAAUGCAUCAUGGGAACACAAAAGGAUGCCACAAGUGCAAAUGUGCAGAUAAUAUUAACCAUACCACUUAUUUUUUAUCCUGGGAACAGGUGUUUAUUUUGCUAACGUGUAACACGGGUGUAUUUCUGGUCAUCUUUUUUAGGCGCUGUUGUCAUCUCCUAAGUCAGUGUUCUGAAGUAUAUCAGCUAAAUCUUUGUAUUUUUACAUUAACGUAGAUCAUUCUAUAAUCCGACACUUCUGUAGGCUCUAGGAUGUGAAUCAGUACAUGCUCCUUUCAUGUAAAGAUGCUGUAUAUGAAUCUAAAUUCAUUCUCCAUUCUGAUUAACUGUAACAAAUAUGAUGUAAUUUAUGUCUUUAUUAGCAUUUUUCAUAAUGGGUUAAUGCAAAAAAAGCUUUAUUUUUAUAUAAAUGUGAAAAAAGUUUUUAUGUAAAUAACUGAAUAUGAAAGUUGUGGGCAUUUGUGUUUUGGUUUCCUUAUGACAAAAGUAUUUGCACAUUUAUUUUUGUUUUUGAUUUUAAUAAAGUU